UGAACGCAGCAUGACACAACAACGAAGAUGGCGUGUUGUGGGAACUGUUUUUGUUGCCAAUGUUGCUGCAGAGAAGGAGAGACACGGACCCCCGAGGAACUGGCGAUCCUUGGGGAAAUCCAAGUCGAAGAAGAUGAGAUUCUACCCAGGAAAGACUAUGAGAGCUUGGAUUAUGACCGCUGCAUCAGUGAACCCUACAUGGAGAUUCUGGAGGGGAUGAACAGCAAGAAAACCAAAAAGUAUGAAGCGGUACGUUGGAUGCUGAUGUUUGCUAUCGGAGUCACCGUGGGUCUGGUCGGCCUGUUUGUGGAUUUCUUUGUGCGCCUCUUCAGCCAAAUCAAAUUCACUCUGGUCGGUGAUUCUAUAGAGAAGUGCAGCGACAAAGGCUGUCUCCCUCUGUCCCUGCUGGAGCUCCUGGCCUUCAACAUGACCUUCGUCUUCAUCGCCAGCGUGCUCGUCCUCAUCGAGCCAGUCGCUGCAGGUUCGGGGAUCCCAGAAAUCAAAAGUUACCUCAACGGAGUGAAGAUUCCCGGAAUCGUCCGGCUGCGAACGUUUCUCUGCAAAGCUGCCGGAGUCCUGUUCAGUGUGGCUGGAGGUCUGUUUGUGGGGAAAGAAGGUCCGAUGAUACACAGUGGAGCCAUUGUGGGAGCUGGCCUUCCUCAGUUUCAGAGCAUCACUUUCAAAAGGAUCAAAUUCGAUUUUCCCUACUUCCGCAGUGACCGGGACAAGCGAGACUUUGUGUCAGCGGGCGCUGCUGCUGGAGUAGCUGCUGCCUUCGGUGCUCCUAUCGGUGGCACGCUCUUCAGUCUGGAGGAGGGCUGCUCUUUCUGGAACCAGGGCCUCACUUGGAAAGUGCUCUUCUGUUCCAUGUCGGCCACUUUCACCCUCAACUUCUUCCGUUCUGGGAUCAACUUUAACAAGUGGGGCUCCUUCCAGCUGCCCGGUCUGCUCAACUUUGGAGAGUUCAAGUGUUCAGAUGGCGAUAAGAACUGCCACCUGUGGACAGCAGUGGACCUGGCCUUCUUUGUCCUGAUGGGGGUGGUGGGUGGCCUGCUGGGGGCUCUCUUCAACUGCAUGAACAAGAGCCUGGCCAAGUAUCGCAUCAGACACAUCCACCCCAAGGCCAAGUUUAUCAGAGUUCUAGAGAGUCUGCUGGUUGCCAUGGUGACAACAGUGGUGAUAUUUGCAGCUUCCAUACUGUUGGGUGAAUGCCGUGAGCUGUCCUCCCCGACAACCCAUAACACCACGCUGUCCGGCAGUGAGGACAUCAACUCAACUAUUCGCCAGUUCUUCUGCACCAACAAGACCUACAAUGACAUGGCCACGUUGUUCUUCAACCCGCAGGAGGCUGCCAUCCAUCAGCUCUUCCACCAGGAUGGUACCUUCAGCCCCGUGACUCUGUCCGUGUUCUUCCUGCUGUACUUCCUGUUGGCCUGCUGGACCUACGGUUUGUCUGUACCCAGUGGUCUCUUUGUCCCCUCGCUGCUCUGUGGGGCGGCUUUUGGACGUCUGGUUGCCAACAUCCUCAAAGUGAAACUGGGAAUGGACAUCUACUCUGGGACCUUCGCUCUCAUCGGAGCAGCCGCCUUCCUCGGAGGCGUCGUCAGAAUGACCAUCAGUCUGACUGUCAUCCUCAUUGAAUCCACCAAUGAAAUCACAUACGGGCUGCCCAUCAUGAUCACGCUAAUGGUCGCCAAGUGGACUGGAGAUUUCUUCAACAAGGGCAUCUAUGACAUCCACAUCGAGCUGAGAGGAGUACCACUGCUGGAGUGGGAGACGGAGGCUGAAAUGGACAAGCUAACGGCCAGCGAUAUCAUGGAGCCCAACUUGACCUAUGUGUACCCCCACACCCGUGUCCAGUCUCUCGUCAGCAUCCUGCGCACCACCGUCUACCACGCCUUCCCGGUGGUCACUGAAAACCGGCAGAACGAACGGGACUUCAUGAAGGGCAACAUCCUGGUCAGCAACAACAUCCACUUCAAGAAAUCCAGCGUUGUGUCCCGUGCGGGGGAACAGCGGCGGCGCUGCCAGUCCAUGAAGUCGUACCCGUCCAGCGAGCUGCGUAACGUUUGUGACGAACAGAACGCCGCAGUGGAGCCCGCAGAGGAGGGAGAGGACCUGCUGCAGCAGAUGUUAGAGAGGAGGUACGCUCCGUACCCGAACCUGUACCCGGACCAGUCCCCCAGCGAGGAGUGGACCAUGGAGGAGCGCUUCAGACCACUCACCUUCCACGGCCUCAUCCUGCGCUCGCAGCUGGUCAACCUGCUCAUCAGAGGGGUCUGCUACGCUGAGAACCAGUCGAGUGCCGCUCAGCCCCGGUUGUCCUAUGAAGAGAUGACUGAAGAUUACCCACGUUACCCGGACAUCCAUGACUUGGACCUGGCCCUGCUCAACCCCCGCAUGAUAGUGGAUGUCACCCCCUACAUGAACCCGUGUCCCUACACAGUGUCGCCCAACACACACAUCUCCCAGGUGUUCAACCUGUUCAGGACCAUGGGCCUGAGACACUUACCGGUUGUUAACGCUGUCGGAGAAAUUGUCGGAAUAAUCACGAGACAUAAUUUAACCCACGAGUUCCUCGUGGCCAAACUGCGACAGCACUGCAUCACCAUUUGACCCGACUGUGGAUGUGUGUCUGUCCAACCUCGGCCCUGAACAUCUGUCUCUGUCCAUUCCUGAUGGCAUGCACACAUUCUCCGCGGUACAACAGGGAAGACCCUUCUCCACUAUGUUCAGUUGUAUUUCACUCAAGUCUGAUAUUGUCAAUGACUUAAGGCUACGUUCACACAGCAAGUCUUAAUGCUUGAUUCAGAUUUUUUUGCUCAGAUCCGAUUUUCUGUUUGU